AUGGGCAAGAUCAUUUUCUACGAAGACAGAAAUUUCCAGGGUCGCUACUACGAAUGUAGCAGCGACUGCACUGACCUGCACUCUUACUUCAGUCGCUGUAACUCCAUCCGGGUGGAGAGCGGCUGCUGGAUGCUCUAUGAGCACCCAAACUACUUGGGCUACCAGUACUUCCUAAGGAGGGGCGAGUAUCCUGAUUACCAGCGCUGGAUGGGCAACAGCGAUAGCAUCAGGUCCUGCCGUAUGGUUCCUCAACACAGAGGGUCAUACCGUAUGAAGAUAUAUGAGAGAGAAAACUUCGGAGGACAGAUGAUGGAGUUCAUGGAUGACUGUGAGUCUCUCCAGGAUCACUUCAGAUAUCCAGAUAUUCAUUCCUGCCAUACAGAUGGCUACUGGAUCAUGUACGAGCAGCCUCACUACCGUGGACGGCAGUACUUCUUGAGGCCUGGCGAAUACAGGAGAUACUCUGACUGGGGUGGCAUGAACCCUAGGAUUGGCUCCUUUAGGCGCAUCACAGAUUUUUGUUAA